CCGCUUUCCUCAAAUUCCACAUUCCUCUCUCUCUCUCUCUCUCUCUGCUUAUUGAGUUUAUCUUCUUCUCUUUACUCAUUAGCGUUUUGUCUUGGUUGGUUCCGAUUUUCAGUUAUUGUUUCUGCUGGUCGGAAAGUUCUAGAAUUGGGGAUCAUUCAUGAGAGCAGAGGCUACUAUCCGGGGUCAUUUCUCUCUCUCCCGCCAGUAUUAGAUCUGUCCCAGGAACUCUGUUCCCAUAACUAUAAUUUCCGCCUGAUCAGAAAUUAAUUUGCGAUGCCUCCGCCACCGCCUCCUGUGGAGCGCAACGGUGGGGAAUCCAUGCCCGGGGAAGCCUCAAGAUCUCUUCCCACCCCUUUUUUGACUAAGACUUAUCAGCUGGUCGAAGACCGGGCUAUAGAUGAUAUCAUCUCUUGGAAUGACGACGGAUCUAGCUUCAUCGUCUGGAACCCCACCGAAUUUGCCCGAGAUUUGCUCCCUAAGUAUUUCAAGCACAACAACUUUUCAAGCUUUGUUCGGCAGCUCAACACAUACGUAUGUUCUUUUUCCGGCGGUCCUUUGACCUGAAAAACUUUGUACUCUGUUUUCUGAUUUCAUCUUUUUCAUUUCUACAGGGAUUUCGUAAGGUCGUGCCUGAUAGAUGGGAGUUUUCCAACGACUGUUUUAGGAGAGGAGAGAAAAAUCUUCUCUGCGAUAUACAGCGUCGGAAAGUUUCCACGCCUACGCCUCCGGCUCCGGCGGCUGGGAUUCCUGUUGUGACAGUGGCAGCUGAAUUGCGAGCUCCUCCGUCACCUGUUCCGAUGACGGUGUCGCCGUCGGAUUCAGGCGAAGAGCAGGUCCUCUCGUCCACGUCAUCGCCGGCGGCGGUACGGGACGUCGCUCCGGCAUCUGGAACUAACUCUGAAUUGAUCGGCGAGAAUGAACGGUUACGAAAGGAGAACUUGCAGCUGAACAAAGAAUUAACCCAUAUGAAGAGCAUGUGCAACAAUAUUUAUCUCCUCAUGUCCAAUUACUCCAAUAAUAACAACAGCGCCAACAGCAGCAACGAUAAUUCGAAUUGCACCAACACCAACAUCGAGUCGGCGGCUGUGGAUGGCGGGAACCAGGCGCUGACACCGCUGAAUUUGUUCACGGGCAAGCAAAUCAGCGACGAAUCGGGUGGGACCGGUGAAUGUGGCGGCGGUGACCGGAUGGAGCUGGACGAAACCGACGCGAGGAUCUUCGGAUUUGCCAUCGGAAUGAAACGCGGGCGAGAGGUUCGUACAGCGGCGGCGGAGGGGGAGCACGGCGGUCAGGAGUUGCGGCUUCAACAGCCGGGAACAAACGUGAAAUCAGAGCCGUUGGAUGAAGGAAAUAGCGGGAGUGGUGGGGAUGAUCAAGGGACGACAUGGCUCAGACACUGCCACAUUCAAAAUCAAAGGGUGUGUAAUUAAUUAAUCAACAAUCGUAAUUUUCCAGAAGGAAAUUUUUGUUUUUUAGGAACAUUGUAGAAUCGUAGAUUAGGAUCAAACGGAGGAGGCAUCUUUGGAACUUUCCGGAUCAAUGUGCCACGUGUGGAGCACAAACCAAUUAGUUGUGGACCACUUUCAGGAAACUUCUACUGAAAUGGGUUUUUUUCUUCAUUUUUCGUGUUUUUUUUUUUGGGUUCAAAAUAUAGGGAAAAAAGUGCACUUUUUCUUUAAUGUAACUUUAGGAAUACUUUGGCGGGGCUUUGGACCAGAAGAUGAUGAUGUGAUAUCAUUAUUGAAUUGUUAAAAAGAAACCUGCAGGAAAUUGACCCACCGUAUUAUUCUAUUGGCGCUGUGCUCUGUUUGUGUCUAUCUUUCUGUGGAAACUUCCAAGUCCACUAGUUUUUCUCUUUUUUUCCCCUUCUCUUCUUGGGCUAAGUUUGACAUAAUUCUGAAUCAAAACAACAUAAUACUCCUAUUAAGAAAUGAAAAUGAAAGUUUGGGAACGUUUACUUAAGUUUAGGCACAGUGGUCAAUGCAUUUUUUUUUCUUAUCUUUUGGUUUUUGGUUUUUAAUUUAUUUUUCCUUGAGAUGUACAAGGUGUUAUUAUGCACUUGUACGUCGUACAUCUUCAAUCGCUUAUCGAGUUUUCCCGGGACUCAUGCGGGAAAUCCCGGGUAGCUCCACGAAUAUCCUUAAGCUGUUAGCUAGCUGAAGGUUUCGUAGCUAACCCAUCGUCAGUGUCACUAUGCUUCAACUUUCGUUGUCGGGGAGCCCCUUUUUCUGCUUGUGCCCAAAAAGAAUCCCCUAAACUCACAGGUCAUAAUAUAUGAAGAGUAGAUGUAGAUCCACAUAUGAGAUGAUCAUGAAUAUAAAACUCAAUUCGAAGAACACCAACGUACAGUAGUUCAGAACCUUGUGGAUACUGAAUGCACAAUUUGAAAUUUCUCCAAGCUGGCGGAAUUUCAAUUAAUUUAUCGCCAUGGUCAUUUGAGCUUUCUUAGUGCAAAUAUG